AUGUCGUCGAGACUGGCAUCCGGCUUACCCUCGAGCCUCUUCAUGGUCUUCUCUUUCUUCGGCGCUCUUUGGGGUUACUGGGCUAUCCUUAAGCAUACUUCACUUGUCACAGCAGCCUUUGCAACCUCCCAUGUCUCGGCUCAAGCGCCUUUGGCUGGCUCUCCCGAAGCCUUGGACCCCAAGCUCACCAAUACCAUCGGCAAGGAUGUCAUCAAGCUCUACUACAACGGUACAGGUCCAGUUCCUGCGUACGACAAGAAGACGCCGUUACCAGAGCCCAUCACCCCGUUCGGCGAGUCAGCGGUUGAGCAGUCGAUUCUGAACGAGCUGCUCGCCAUCCUGGACACGCCCUAUUACCCGGAUAGUUGCUCAAAAUGCAUUGCCGCAGGUCAAGUGCUCCACGUUGCAGCCAUCAGUCAGUCUGUGACUGUCUUCACAAACGUGCUGACCAGAGCCUGCAAUGCUGUGCCAGAGUUCAAGUCAAAACUCCGGGCGGCGUCCUGCGAGUCGCAUUUCAGCGGCGGAGCUGGGCACGGUGCCUACCUGGCGCAGCUCUUUUCGAAGAUGAGUCUGGCCACGGGCGACAUGCACUACUGGUGCUCCAUCAACUACGAAUUUUGUGAAGUACAGCCUCCUGUUCUGAUCGACGAGGACUUCUACUUCGAUCCGAAACCAGAAUCGGCCAACCUCGCACCAGAACCUUCCGGCCAUACUUUCAACGUGCUCCAUCUCUCUGACUGGCACUUGGACCCUCGCUAUGACAUUGGAUCCGAAAGCAAUUGCUCAGACUACAUGUGUUGCCGGCCGUACUCGGUCAACAGGGAACUCUUGACUGAUUCCCACAAUGCCUCUAUCCCCGCCUCGCGGUUUGGGUCAUUCUUGUGCGACUCGCCUGCCGACUUGGCACUGUCUGCACUCAUCGAGAUGCCCAAUUUUUUGGACAUGGACGAGCUUGCCUUUAGCAUAUUCACGGGUGACAUUGUCUCGCACGACCCGGAGGACAUGCUCUCACAGGCCUAUGUCUCUUACGAGGAAGAAGUGACUUUCAAGGUCUUCAAGCGCUUUCUCGGGGACAAAAUCCCCGUCUACGCUGCUCUCGGGAACCACGACACUCUCCCAGUCGGCUUCAACACGCCACGCAGCAUGGACCCUGACCCCACGAACCGGAGCAGCAACAUCCUGCAGUGGAACUACGACCUCCUAUCUUCCCUGUGGUCCGGGCAUUCGUGGCUGAACGACACGGACGCCGAGUUUGCACGCACGCAUUUCGGCGCCUACGCGACCACCACCGCCCAAGGUCUGCGCGUCAUCUCGAUCAACUCCGACUUCUGGUACAAGGAGAACAUCUUCAACUACUGGAACGUGACGGACCCGGACCCGAGCGGGAUCCUCAAGUGGAUGGCGGACGAACUGGCGGCGUGCGAGAAGAGAGGCCAGCGGGCGUGGAUCAUUGCCCAUGUCCUCUCGGGAUACGAUGGCUCCUCGGGCAUGCCGAAUCCGACGGCUCUGUUUUACUCCAUCGUCCGCCGCUUCUCGCCCGCGACCAUUGCCGCAGUUUUCUUUGGGCAUACCCACCAAGACCAAGUCCAAAUCUUCUACGACUACUUGCCUUCCUCCCUCUCCACAAUUUCCGACCCUAAGGGCGGCCCCAAGAAGACACUGCGAGACACGACGCAGAUAGACAUGACCAAGCCGUUACAGAUCGGACACAUCGGCCCGUCGAUCACGCCCCUCACUGGUCUCAACUCGGGUUACCGGGUCUACCAGAUCGACGCGGCGACAUUCUCCGUCAUGGGCGCGCAGACGUACUUUGCAAACAUGUCCAACAGCCUCAGCUGGACCAAGCCGGUCUGGGAAUUCGAGUACGACACGCGGCAAGUUUACUCGGUCGACCGGGAAGACGAAAGCGAGCGUGAUGACGACGGCGAUGGCGAUGACGACGAGAGCAUAACCGCCUCGUCCAACGGACAUGGACAUGGACAUGGCAUCUCCUGGCCCGCCACGUCCCCUCUGAACGCCACGUUCUGGCAUCUCGUGACCGAGAAGAUGCUCAACGACUCCCUCCCCAGUCACGACGACGACGACGAGAAAAAGUCCCCUCUCCUACAACUCUACGAACUCCACGAGUCCAAAUCAAGCUCCCACCCAGACCGCCGGAUGAGCGGCGGAACGGACAACCCAGAGCAAAAGGUGUGCUUCCUGCGCGCUGGCAGCGGCUACUUGGGCCACUCGUGCAAGGAGAAAUUCCCCGGCGGUGGCGGUCGGGGUGAUGCGCGAUCCCAGCGCGAGAGGGAUUUCAACGUGAGAUGA